GAAAUUCUGUCAUCACUAUUUGCCGCGCGUGCUGGGAAAAAACGUGCGCGUUUAUUCGUCGCAUAUUGUAUAGAUAAUUCCUGAAUUCCGGGUACUCCUGUCUUCGAAUUCGAAUCCCCAAAGAUGUGGCCGCGAUUUGGCAUUAAAAUUGGCAACAGCACGCUCUGCAUCGCCCACGUGCGCGCCGAUGGCAAGGCGGAGGUGAUCGCCAACAAACAGGGCGACCGAGUGUCCCAGGCGUGCCUUUUAUGGGACGGCGUAUCGGAGAUCGAAUGUGGCCUUACCGCCAAGCAGAAAAUGGCCACGCGCCCGCGUCAGGCUGUGGCCCACAGCUUCCAGCUGCUUCAGCCCAAGGAGCACCUCAACGAGGAGAAAUUGGCCAGUGCGCUGCGCGAAAUACCCUGCGGUUUUGACAAGGAGGAACUGGUGUUCCGCAUGGAGCACACGGUACCCUCGGAAAAAGAAGAUCAAGAUGACCGGGUUGUGACCAAGGACCUCAGUGCCUAUCAGGUGACGGUGGAGCUGUUGCGCGCCGAACUGGAGCUGGCUCAUCAAUACCAUACGGACGGGGAGCAGGCGCCUAUCGCCGUUCUCUCCAUACCCAGCUACUAUCCCGCCCCAGCUUACAAACUUCUAGCGGACGCAGCGAAAUCCGCCGGAUUUCACGUUGCCCAAGUUAUUGCCGAACCCACGGCCGCCGUUCUGGGCUACAGCAUUGGUGAAGAGCAAACGGAACAGCGCCGGCAUGUUUUGACCAUUAAGUGCGGAGGUCUUUAUAGCGACAUCGCGUUCUAUGCUGUCCAAAACGGUUUAUUUGUUCAGCUGGCCACUUUCGGGCCUUUCCCUAUUGGAGGCCGUCAGUUCACCGAAGCUCUGGUGCAAUUUAUCUGCGAGGAGUUCCGCCGGAAGUACAAGCUUGAUCCUCACGAAUCGCGUCGCUCGCUUGCGAAGAUCCGCACUGCCGCCGCCAAUUGCAAGCACAUCUUAACCACAAUGCCCUCCACGCAACUUUAUAUCGACUCCCUGAUGGACGGUGUUGACUUCAAUGCACAGAUGUCACGCGCCCGUUUUGAGAGCCUCAUCCAGCCGGUCAUCAACAACCUCCUCCAGCAGCUGAGCGAGUGUGUAGAGCAGGCGCAAAAGGAGCAUCCGGGCUUGAGUAGCAUAGAUGACAUCGUGCUGCUGGGCGCUACCAUGCAGAUCCCGAAGCUUCAGGCAGCUGUGGGAGCCCGUUUCCCCGAUGCCAAGCUCCACAACAGCCAUUCAGCGGACGAAGUAGUGGCCAUCGGCUGUGCUCGCCAAGCUGUCUGCUUGAUUGACCCCCUUGAACAGCAGCUUCACAAAGACGAUGACUGUGUGGUGGCCGAGGAUGAUCUUUACAUAUGGCACGGAAAUGAUGAGGCCAACGCCAAGUUGGUUCUAAGCAGGGGUAGCGUACUACCCGCCAAAAUACGGAUAACACUGCCUCAAUCUGAAGGGGGAAAGGGUGAUGAAGAAGGCAAAGGAACCGCUUCAUUUAAGCUGCGCACUGGAGAGAGCGAAAUUCUGGCCAGCCUACCUGACAGCACUACGCCUGAGGAUGGACUUUAUCAGUUGGAGGUUGAGGUGGACCUGGAGGAUAAGGACGGCAACGUGGUGCCGCUGGUGCGACUGCGCUGUAUAUGAGAACCGGAAUCUACCCGGAAACCGGUGCGCUGUCGCCUAGUCUAUUUAUUGUUGAUAGCCUAAUGAUUAUGAUACAAACCCAAAAUAAAGAUAAAUAAGAGAGCGGCAAACGAAAA